UGGAUUUCAAGGCAUUGAAAUUGAACCGCUUUUGAGAAGAAGCAGAGGCGUUAAGAAAAGGAUCCGAUACCCAAAUAUUUGAAGUAAAGCAUUCAUCUUCAUUUCAUUUGUUCAUUUGGUUUCCUAGACUUGACUACGGACGCAAAGAUGGCAGAAGCUCUUUUGGGUGCUGUUGUGAACGAAGCGGUGGCGAAAGUGAUUCCAAUUGCCGCUGAACAAAUCAGCCUUGCGUGGGGUUUCAAGAAACAGCUGAAAAAACUCGGUGAGACACUAGGAAUGAUCGAAGCUUUCUUGCAAGAUGCAGAGGAAAAGCAAACAAAGAAUACCUCAGUGAGGCUCGAAGAUGUUGCUUAUGAGGCUGUUGAUGUUCUUGAUGAGUUUGCUUAUGAAAUUCUCCGAAGGAAAGUGGAGAUUCGGAACCAAAUUCUGAGGAAGGUACUCGACUUCCUUUCUUGUAACAAUUCCAUUUUAUUUCGUCUCAAGAUGGCUAAUAAAAUUAAGGACAUCCUUACAUCACUGGAUGACCUUAACAACUUGGCCAGUCAAUUUGGUCUCCAACAGAGAGCUAUAUAUCCUAUAACUCCAGUUCCUGCGUAUGGAGGACCAAAGGUGGAGACACGAUCACUCAAACAUUGUCGGAAGGAAACAUGAUGUUUCAAAAGUAGUUAACCUGUUAGUCAAUCCCAAAGAUAAGCAGGUUGUCUCUGUUGUGCCUAUAGUAGGUAUGGCAGGUCUUGGCAAAACUACUUUAGCAAAGCUGGUGUAUGAUGAUAUGAAUGUGAAAACGCUUUUUGAUGUCAAAUUCUGGGUGUGUGUUUCUGAUCAUUUAGAUGUCAAGAGGAUUUUAAAAGAGAUGUUAGAGCGUUUUACUGAUAAUCAGAUCUCAGUUCCUCAAAAUAAGAAUGCAAUGGUUGAGAAACUCAAGCAGAAGAUUGAAGGGGCCAAAGGAGGAAAGGAUCAGAUCAAGUAUCUUCUUGUACUUGAUGAUGUAUGGGAUGCUACGGAAUAGGAGGAUCUAAAGCUUUGUCUGGAAGGAAUCAGUACAAAUGGCGGGAAUGGAGUUAUUGUGACAACACGCAAAGAAGAUGUAGCAUCAACAGUGCAAGCACGUUCGGAUCAAUGGCAUCAACCAGAAAAACUAGAAAACGAAGAAUGUUGGUCCAUAAUUAAAGAACGUGCACUGAGAGACUCUCCAAUAUCUCACGAAUUAGAGCCUAUUGGAAAAGAAAUUGCUAAGCAGUGUCAAGGUGUGCCAUUGGUAGCUAACGUUAUUGGAGGGUUAAUGAGCAAAAUUGAAUUGAGUCCCAGCGCCUGGUGGGAAAUUCAAAGAAAUAGUACAUGGGGUUCACCAGAAAGUGUGUUAGAAGUGAAAAGUGUGUUAAAACUAAGUUUCGAUCGCUUGUCUUCUCCAUCUUUGAAGAAAUGUUUGGCGUACUGUGCCAUGUUUCCUAAAGAUUAUUGCUUUAAAAAAGAGGAAUUGAUCCAACUGUGGAUGGCUGAAGGAUUUCUUGGCAGCUCUAUGGCAAUGGUGGAUAAUGGUAACAAAUACUUGAAUGAACUUUUAUCAAAUUCCUUAUUCCAAGAUGUUAAGAAGGACACUUGCGGGAAUAUUCUCACAUUCAAGAUGCACGACUCAGUGCAUGAUUUAUCUUUGUCUGUGUCAAAGUUUGAUGCUUUGAUUUUUCAAGAAAAUUCCACUCCCAUCACAAAUGAGUGUUCUCAUAUUCGUCAUCUCAAUGUUGGAUGUGAUGGGGAAUCAUUGCCAAGAAUGUUGACAAUAGUUGCUCCGAAAUUAUAGUCACUGUUUUCAGAGAUUGAUGUGUUCAAGAAAUUAUCAAAAAGCUUCACAAGAUUAAGAGUCCUAAAGUUGGUCGGUGCUUAUUAUAUUCUUGAGUUGCCAUAUUCCCUUGGAGAAUUGAAGCACUUGAGGUAUUUGGACAUCUCACGGACUUCUAUCAAAGCACUUGAGGCUCUUGGGUUUAAAGACAUCCACCUUUCAGGAUCUCCAAACAUUGCGGUUCUUUGGUUUCGAGACGUUCACCUUUCCGGAUGGAUUGGAAAAUUUGAUAAGCUUGAAGCACUGGUAUUUUGAUUGUGAAGGGCUUCAACCAGAUAAUAUUGGAAACCUAACUUGUCUUCAAACAUUACCCGUAUUUUAUGUGGGUUCAGAAAGGGGACGUUCAAUUAAGGAGUUAGGAUCCCUAAACGAACUCCGUGGAGAAUUCGAGAUACGCCGUUUACAGUGUGUUAGAGACAAACAAGAGGCUAAUGGAGCAAAUCUACACCUUAAA